AUGAUCCUUGAGGAGAGGUUGGACAGCCCGGGCGGCGGUGAGGACAGCGUUCGGCUGCAGAGCUGCGACCCGCUGGCUCAGUCCCAGCGCAGUCGGCUGCAAAGCCGCCGGGCCCGGGUUCACCAAUUGAUCAACAAGGAGCUGCGCAUGCGUACAGGCGCCGAGAACCUCUAUAGAGCCACCAGCAACAGCCGGGUCAGGGAAAUGGUGACCCUGGAGCUGAGCUAUGUCAACGCCAGCCUGCAGCUGCUGAAGGAAGAGCUGGAGGAACUAGACAGCAGUGCGGAGGAGCCGGGGUUCCAGGGGGAAAGCAUCAGCAUUCCCAUGAUCCCUCUGGGCUUGAAAGAGACCAAGGAGCUGGACUGGUCUACACCCCUGAAAGAGCUGAUCUCGGGCCAUUUCGGGGAAAACAGUGCUUCCUAUGAGGCUGAACUCAAGGAGCUGGAGGACCUGAGACAGGCCGUGCGGAUGCCCAGCCGGGACCAGACCGGCCUGGAGCUGCUGAUGACCUACUACAACCAGCUCUGCUUCCUGGACGCCCGCUUCUCCACACCUGGCCAGAGCCUGGGCCUGCUCUUCCACUGGUAUGACUCGCUCACAGGGGUUCCAGCCCAGCAGCGGACCCUGACCUUCGAGAAGGCCAGCGUGCUCUUCAACAUUGGUGCCCUCUACACCCAGAUAGGGGCCCGCCAGGAUCGUUCCUGCUCCCAGGGCGCAGAUCGAGCCUUCAGGGCUUUCCAGCAGGCUGCAGGGGCCUUCAGCCUCUUGAGGGAGAACUUCACACACGCGCCAAGCCCCGACAUGAAGCCCGCCUUGCUCCACGUGCUGGAACGACUCAUGACUGCUCAAGCCCAGGAGUGUGUCUUUGAGGGCCUCUCGCUGCCCGCCCCUGCCACCUCCCAGGACAGCCCGGCCCAGCUGCAACUGGCCCAGGAGGCUGCCCAGGUGGCAUCUGAAUAUGGCCUCGUACAGCGGGCCCUGGCCCAGCCGCCUGCCCGGGACUGUGUGCCUCGCUCCUGGGCCGCCCUGGUUCUGGCCAAGGCUGAGUAUUUCCGGGCCCUAGCCCACUUCCACAUGGCCGUAGCCCUUUGCGACAGCCCCCGUGAGUGUCCUGCCCUGUGUGUCUGUGUGGGAGGCGGGGAACAGGCACUGGGGGCCAAGCUUACACUGUCUCUGCCCCCAGCGUCCACCCAGGGAGCCCUCCCCAUCCUAGAACAGGGCUUUGGGCCCAUCUGGGCCUCAGAGCCGGAGGAGCGCAGGAAGCGUGGUAAGGCCCACCUGAGACGCGCCAUCCUGGGUCAGGAGGAGACACUCCGGCUGCAUGCCAUGUGUCAUGUGCCCCGUCAGGUGGAUCUGCUGCAGGCCGUGGUGACGCAGGCAUUACGGCGCUCGCUGGCCAAGUACUCGGAGCUUGACCUCGAGGAUGACUUCUUCGAGGCGGCCGAGGCCCCCGACAUCCAGCCCAAGACCCAUCAGAAGCCAGAGAUCAGGCGGCCCAGCUUCUCCCAGGUGAAGGGGGCCGACAUUUUUCACAGGCUGGGGCCCCUGUCUGUGUUCUCAGCCAAGAACCGGUGGCAGCUGGUGGGGCCAGUGCACAUGACCCGAGGAGAGGGGGGCUUCGGCUUUACCCUGCGGGGAGACUCACCUGUGCUCAUCUCUGCCGUCAUCCCCGGGGGCCAGGCUGCGGCAGCUGGCCUCAAGAAGGGCGACUACAUUGUGUCGGUGGACGGACGGCCAUGCAAGUGGUGGAAGCAUGCGGAGGUGGUGGCGCAGCUGCGCAGUGCCGGUGACGAGGGCGUGGACCUGGGCGUGGUCACGCUGCUGUCUGGUGCUGAGCCACUCGGCAUGGGGGGCCGCCGGCUAGCCCUGCUGGCCCCAGGGAGCCUCCUGAGAAACCAGAAGGAGUGUCCUCUUGAGAUGGCAGCACCCCCCCGGGCCAGCCCCAAGCCCCUCCUCAGCUGGAACCACAAGACCCAGGGAGGCAAGGCCACGGGCUGUCCCUAA